AUGGAAGACAAUUGCAUAAUAUUUCAUCCACAACGACUCGAACUCCAGGGACGUGGCAGUAUAUCCCGGGGUGCACCGACGCAGAAUAUCUAUAUCAACAGAGACAGACAUAUGAGUCUGCAACCUAGUGCCCCACAACUUCGCGUUCCCUUGCAAAUCGGACGAGAGGUGCGGUGGUAUUCGAGCUGGAACCUACCGGUACAUGUGUUUUUAAUGCUCCUCUGUCCCAAGACAAAACUUAAGGUCUGGGCCGCUGCCCUCAAUGCAUACGAUGAACAAGAGUUCCUCAAGUCUAUCGAGCUGUUCUCGCAAUUCGCGGAUUCAAGCAAGAUUCUAACCAACAUGGGUCUCAUAUACGCUACCAUCGGUGAACAUGAAGUGGCCAUUGAGUACUUCAAUGCUGCUACCAAUCUCGAUGAGUUCCUUGCCGUCGCGUAUUUUCAGUGCGGCGCGUCGAAUUUCCUCCUCGGUCGCUAUGAUGCUGCUUGCGCGAACUUCCAGAACACACAUCUCUAUCUUCGCGGAAAUCAAUUCAUAAAUUAUGAGCAGUUGGGCCUAAAAUUCAAACUAUUCUCUGCCGAGGUUUUGUUCAACCGGGGCUGCACUGAGGGUAUGAAUGACUUAGAGCAGGCUAGGAAGGAGAAAGUGACCACUGAGCACGACGUUAUCGAUGAUGCAAUUCGGGAUCGAGGCGAACGAUGCACUGUAUUCAGCAUCCCCGUUGGUGUGCUGUGCCGUCCUCCAGAAAAUAAGCUUAAGAAUAUCAAAUCAAAAGAUUACCUGGGGAAAGUCAAACUAGUGGUUGGGAGUAACAUCGACGAUGUGUACAUCGUAUUUUCUGGAGUGACAAAGCUCAAUCGAAAGUCUGGUCCCAAUAAAAAUUUUCCGCUUGAGUCAAACUCGAACACUAGUCCUACGGCGGACCCACUUGGUGCUCUGAAGCAAAGGCUCACUGCAUUCAUACUUCGCAUCGGAUCUGCAAAACUGAGCCCAUCUCUCGAACCUUCCAAGCCCAUAAGCGAUGUCCCGGGAACGCAAACUGACGACCUUACUGAAGUGCCUGAUGGUGAACGUGGGCGUGAAUACCCAUCUCGUGCCUCCGUGGCAUCUCUUGAAAUUUCGAAGACCUCAUGGACUACUUCUCGUCUCUCAAUUGUUCCCUACCACACGACGAUUCCUGGGUCUGACUCUCAAGCGCACUCACGACAGGGUUUGGUACAAGCGGAAGAGGUUGUGCAACUUAAUACACUGAUGCCUAAAGUGACGAAUCGACGAGAGGCUAACGUGAUACGAUAUGUUUGA